AGCAGUGGGCCAGCUGUCGUCUGCUCGAACGGAGUUCACGUGGAUAUAUCUACACGAUACAGUAGCAUCAUGAAUGAGUUUUGUUUCGUUGCUUUGAUUAUCCUUGCACAAACGGGUACCGCCUAUUUUCAACGAUGGUCGUAUAUUCCCAUACCUGCGCAUGCGCGAUACGUCUUCAACAAUAACGCAUAUAAUGUCGCAGGAUGGGCUGCAAGCCCGACCACGGAGCCACCACUGGGGCCCAACGACCGUAUGAACACGACCGACGUACCAGAGGAAAUAGAGGCCCGUCCCGACAAAACACGUGCUCAGCGUAGACAGCUCUUGAAAAGAAUGAAUCCCGGAUUUACCAAUCAACAGAUAGAAGCACAGCUACUAAGAGACGAUAAAGCGCGUGCUAAAAUGGCGGCCACCCAGAGCGAACCUGUUGUUAUUCUACCUGAACCAGUCACCCCAGCAACCAGGCCACCUCCUGCUGUUACGCCGACGCCUAAACCGAAGCCGAAACCACAACCAAAACCAAAACAAACACAGCAAGUAAAUAAACAUCAGCUAUGGCGUAGUGCUAACGCUAGACAAAUACAGCAAGUUAAAAAGCAUAAAUUAUGGACUCCUUCCAGUGCUGGAAAAUUUGGCGCUAUCGCUCCAGUAAAUAAACCGCAGCAACGUCGACCACGUCCUCAACAGCGAGUAAAUGCUGCACGAAAUUCUCGUAGGAGGCGCCCAAGGCCAACGACUACAACAACAACAGAGCCUCUUCCAACGACUUAUCCCACCUACCCUACGACAGGCUAUCAGUAUAUUCCAACUACAUACCCUACACCCGCUUACCAAUAUAAUGAUCCAAUAGUGACAAAUGCGCCCAUGAGGCGUGGUCCUCCACAAAGGCAACAACCAAUGAGAAGACAGCAAGGGCCAAGGAGGAAUAAUAGACAAAGACCACGUCCACGACCAAGAAUAGGGCGGCGACAGCGGAAUCGUGCAAGAAAUGGGGAGGAGGAAUUUCGACCACGUGACCCGUUAUCAAGAUGGAUAUACAACAAUAUAGAAGGCGAAGUCCUUGAAACGUUUCUACCAUUCCUUGCCUUUGGUUAAAUAUCUUGAAAGUCAGUUAAAUCAAGAGAAAAUAACAUAUGGUUAAAGUGACGUCAUAUCGUUUUUACUGUUCAUAUGAUAUACCACAAUAUAGAAGGAGAAGUCCUUGAAACGUUUCUACCAUUUCUUGCCUUUGGUUAAAUAUUAAUGCAGUGUAAUCAAGAGAAAAUAACAUAUGAUUGAAGUGACGUUAUAUCUUUUUCACCGUUUUGAAACAAAAUGGACAAUACCAUAUUUUGUUCAUUUAGAAUCUACUUAUAGAAUUAUAUGCUAGCUCGAACUCAAUAAAAAGAAAAAUAGUUUAUGUGAUAGGACUAUAAAAAAAAGAUGUGCUUAAAAAUUGAAAGCUGCACACGUUUACCAUAUGAUAUUUUGUGUCACUUGAAGAUGUACUCAUCUAAGGCCAUGCAAGACUGGAUCUAUGUUUAAUGUCCUUGGGCACGUAGGUUUUUGGAGCAAUACAAAUCUGAAGCUGUGCCAACGUAUAAAACAUACGUCAGUUUACAUAAUUUCAUUUAAUAAAUAAUAAAAUGUAACAAUGGAUCAAAAAUCACAUAUUGCUAAAUCUCGGGUUGAAGUUUCAAACAGUAUAAAGCAUUUUUAUCAACACAUUUUGUAUACCUCAAAUAUUCCUGCCAGGUUUCAAAGUUUCCAUAAGUGAUCGGGCGCUAAAAUUAGAUCCAAUAUGGUAUGGUCUGAACGUAUUUCCGUACACAAAUUGUUUGGCUGCCAUCUUUGGUAUUUUAGGUAAAGCACGCUAUCGCCGAGAUGGCUCAAAUAAUGUGUAAUUUGUGCUUUUUUGAUACUGUAUUCCUUGACCAAAUUCGUCUUGAUGGUUGAGGUGUCGAUUUCUCAUAUAUUCGUUUGAAUAUCUUUUUACUUAUUUAGAUUUACUUAUUUAUUUAGAUUUACCAUAAAUAUUAACCAUGCACUCGCUCAAUGGAUAUUUUUAAUCUUUCCAUUCAAAGAUUUGUCAAUGAAACUAUUCAGGUCGACAUACAUUGAAUAGUUGGUUGUUUUGACUACCAUAAACUAAGGACGAUGCUAUACCUGAAUGUUCUUUGUCAAAUCAACUACUACCGUCUAUGCCAUAUUGUUCCGCCUAUCCCAAUACUUACGACCUAAUUCCGCAAUCUAAAUCGUUCUCUUUUGAUCUUACCUAUCAAAAUCAAUAUCCGCCCAAGCAUUAUUAUUAUUGUUUUGAAAAUGUGCUAUCUUUAUAAGACUGUUAACUUCCGCACAAUGUUAAGUGUGCUUCCGGCGUUUCGUUGCCUUCCAUUCAAGGUAAAUUGUUUUGAAAUCCGCUGUUAGCUGUCCAGGGAAACAUGUCCGACAAACAUAAGAUACAUAUGAACUAUUUUUAUACCAGUGUGCCGCUACGUCAUAUAUGACAAGGUCACCUCUUUAUUAAGUCUUCCUAUUUUUCAAACUCUUUAAUAUCGUGACAGAGAUGGCAUAUACCUCUUUACUGAUAGAAAUUUUCCUUCCUUAUAACACUAAAAAUCAAAAUCGCAAAUAUUUCAUGAAAACUAUGACGUCAUCAAAAAAUUGAUACGUGCAAUUACAGCGUUUUGGACGUGGUGGCUCACGUGUCUUUAAAAGUCUCAAUAUGUAGAACAGGGUUCAUUUUAAACACGUGUAACUGCCUUUUAAAGAUAGGUACUAUCCUAUCAGGAAUCAUAAAAAAGAAAAAAUAUUUUAUAUAAUCGAAUUCAGAAUCUACUCUAAACGAAACUUCAUAAGCUUCGUCGAUAUAAUUACUUCGUUUGCAAAUCCUCCAUGAUUUUGUAAGAACAUGUAGCAAAUGGUUCACUCCUUUAUACGAUUAUUCAGACCAUGCUAAAUUUUCAAACGAUAAUAAAUAUUCCAAAAACAAUAUUUGGUACAUUUUACGACCUGGUUUUUAAGACGCAACAAAUUUCAAAAGCAUAACUUUGUUUCCAGGAGCAAGUGUCAGUUUAGAUUAGGACACGGUUGUGAAUUUUUUUGUGCUUUGCCUGCUUGAUAACGAAAUUGUCUCGUUUGUAACAUAUGAACAUUUAUAUGUAUUAUUUUGGUAAAGUUGGGUUAUGGUCUAACAGUAAGUUAUAUUGAAGCAUGGUCCAAUUUUGUUGAAUUAUAAGUGUAUUAUGAACAACAUAUUUUUCAAUUUUUUUCAUAAAUCUGUUAGAAAUUUUAUUACCCCUGCAGUCUGAUCAUGAACUGCACUGUUCGCUAUUCAGUCAGUAUCUUUUUGGUAAGCACCCUUUUUAACAGUAAAUGGUACUGCCCAAUUCGGAAGAUGGACCAGUCCAUUUUAGAAAUUUAGCAGGGUAAGGGUUAAUAUAACAUAUUUUGCCAUGAUGUCGAAGAAGCAUAAGCAGUUUCGUUAUGGGUAGUUACUCAUACUCCCAUAUCACAUUUACACAAAAUUGUAAUCAUGUGUAAUCAAGUGUAUAACUUAUUAUAAUAGAACUUCAUAUUGAAGCUGAAAUAUUGUAUGGUUACAUAAGCAAUAAGCCUGGAAUAACAAAACGAGUUAUUCGCAUGGCAGGUAUUAAAUAUCAUUUAUGUUGCAUAACUUUGAGAAAUAUCUGUAGUCAAACCUAUGCUAAAGACCACCUCUGAACAGAGACCACCUGGCUAUAAAGACCGCUGGUUUUGUAUCCUAUUCUAACAUUUACAGUGUAUUUUAACAUGUGAACACAGACGAUCUGUCAAUUAAGACCACUUUUUUUGUUUCUCCUAAGGCUGGUCUUUAUAGACAGAUUUGACUGCAUGUGCUAGUAGGUCUUGAAAGUCUAAAUUGUACUGAUUUGAAAAGCUUAAAGGCUUUAACCAGAAUGCCAAAAGUAAAAACGAACGUUGUAUCACAGUUAGAAAACUGUCAUUUUAGUUAAUCAUUAUUACCCAAAUCUCAGGUCUGUAUGCUUAACCGGUCUAUAGUACAAUACUUAUUGUUUAGGAGCUAAAGUCAAAUCUAGAAGGAAAAAAUGUCUAUUUCUGAUGUUACGUAAGAAAACAUUUAUUGAACUGUUGUAUCUUUUAACAAGAUUUUACAAUGUAUUUCCAAGCUUUGCAAUAAAAGUAUAUAUAAACAACA